UCUAAAAAAUUUACAAUUACAUGCAUGUUUACUUACCAAAUCUGCCGCUAUUAAUAUUGUACAACUAUUUGCUCAUUUUAUUCUAAUCAACUAUUUCUUCUCCCUGGCAAUCUCUCUGAAAUAAAAAAUAAAAAAAAUCUUGUUGUAAUGAUCCAAUGCAAACAAAUCUGUUCACACUUCCAUCUCUCCACUCACUUCAAAUCAUUGUUUGCAGUUUCUAGAAUCUUCCGCACUCUCUGGCAGUCCUCAACUCCAUCUACACCUUCAGAGGAUAACAACAUAUGGGACCCCUCACAUUAUAUCAUACAAGACAGAAACCUCCUACGUCCAAGUCUCAAACUCAACUCCAUAACCGGUCUUCAUGUUCUAGACCUCAUCGAUAGCGGUUCACUCGAACCGGACCGAACCAUUUACAAUAAGUUGUUAAAGAGAUGCACACAGUUAGGGAAGCUCAAAGAAGGAAAAUUAGUGCAUACCCAUAUCCUAAAUUCCAAGCUUAAGAAUGAUUUAUUCAUUCAAAAUUCAAUUUUGUUUAUGUAUGCCAAAUGUGGUUGUUUGGAACUUGCCCGCCAAGUGUUCGACGAAAUGGGUUUGAAAGAUGUGGUGACUUGGACUUCCAUGAUCACUGGGUAUUCGCAGAAUGAGUGUGCUAGUAGCGCGCUCGUUCUGUUUCCUGAGAUGAUCCGUGAUGGAUCGAGACCGAAUGAGUUCACGUUGUCGAGUUUGGUGAAGUGUAGUGGGUUUUUAGGGAGUUGUGUUGAUGGGAAACAAAUUCAUGGUUGUUGUUGGAAGUAUGGAUUUCAAACGAAUGUGUAUGUCGGGAGUUCGCUUGUGGAUAUGUAUGCAAGGUGUGGAUAUUUGAGGGAAGCGCAAUUGGUUUUCAAUGAGCUUGAGAGUAAGAAUGAAGUUUCUUGGAAUGCUUUGAUAUCUGGUUAUGCAAGGAAAGGUCAAGGUGAGGAAGCUUUGGCUUUGUUUGUGACGAUGCAAAGGGAAGAUUAUGGAGCAACUGAUUUUACUUAUUCGGCUCUUUUGUGUUCUUCAUCGAGCACAGGGUCUUUGGAGCAAGGUAAAUGGCUUCAUGCGCAUAUGAUGAAGUCAGGAAGGAAGUUAGUUGGUUACGUGGGGAACACUCUUCUUCACAUGUACGCAAAGUCGGGGAACAUUUGGGAUGCAAAGAAGGUUUUCGAUCGGUUAGUUAAGGUUGAUGUUGUUUCUUGCAAUUCCAUGUUGAUAGGGUAUGCUCAACAUGGGUUUGGAAAGGAAGCCGUGGACCUUUUUGAAGAGAUGCUGUUGUGGGUCGGGAUCGAACCCAACGAUAUCACAUUUCUUUCUGUUCUUACUGCGUGCAGUCACGCUGGACUUUUGGAUGAAGGUAAACAUUAUUUUGAGUUGAUGAAGAAGUAUGGUAUUGAACCGAAAGUCUCACAUUACACAACGGUUGUUGAUCUGCUUGGUCGAGCCGGUCUUCUUGAUCAAGCCAGGAGUUUCAUUGAAGAAAUGCCUAUUGAACCGACAGCAACUAUCUGGGGAGCUUUGCUCGGCGCAUCUAGGAUGCAUAAAAAUAUGGAAAUAGGCGCUUACGCCGCCGAAAAGGUUUUAGAGCUUGACCCUUUUUAUUCAGGAACACAUACAUUGCUUUCCAAUAUUUAUGCCUCAGCUGGUAGGUGGAAGGAUGUUGCAAAAGUGAGAAAGAUGAUGAAGGAUAGUGGAUUGAAGAAGGAACCAGCUUGUAGUUGGGUUGAAAUCGAAAAUGCUGUCCAUGUGUUUGUUGCAAAUGACAUUGCUCAUCCACAGAAAGAUAAGGUUCAUGAAAUGUGGGAGAAGCUAAAUCAGAAAAUUAAAGAGAUAGGUUAUGUUCCUGAUACUAGUCAUGUGCUUCUCUAUGUAGAUCAACAAGAGAAAGAAUUGAAUUUGCAGUAUCAUAGUGAGAAGUUGGCUCUUGCAUUUGCACUGUUGAAUACAUCACAAGGAUCAACCAUACGAAUUAUGAAGAAUAUCAGGGUUUGUGGUGAUUGUCACUCAGCAAUAAAAUAUGUGUCUUUGGUUGUGAAGAGGGAAAUUAUAGUUAGAGAUACCAACAGGUUCCAUCAUUUUCGUGAUGGCCUGUGUUCUUGUAGGGACUAUUGGUAAUGCCAAUUAUUAUCUACUAAUUAGUUGAUUUUUGUAGAAUUCUCUUCUUUUUAUGUGAUCUUACAAUAUCCAUCUGGAUGAAAGUAAAUGUACCUUGAAGGUUUGUAUGUAAAUAUAAGUUUAGAGGUUUCAUGACUAAAACGAAAUUCUUGUAUUGUGAGUUUUGCACAUUAGUAUUGAGAAUUGAUUUGGUGGACCAAUUUUGAUA